AUGGUACGUAGUGGAAAAAACGGUGAACUUCAUCUUAAACAAAUUGCAUAUUAUAAACGAACUGGUGAAUAUCAUCCAACUACACUGCCGAGUGAGAGAAGUGGAAUAAGAAGAGCGGCAAAAAAAUUUGUCUUCAAAGAUAAAAAGUUGUUUUAUGUUGGAAAAGACAGAAAACAAAAUCGUUUGGUAAUUAUUUCAGAAGAAGAAAAAAAGAAAGUCCUAAGAGAAUGCCAUGAAAACAACACUGGAGCCCAUCAUGGCAUAUCCAGAACUCUCACUCUAGUGGAAUCCAAUUACUACUGGACUUCGGUGACCAAUGAUGUCAAACAGUGGGUAUAUGCUUGUCAUCAUUGUCAAGUGGCAAAAAAUACAGUUAUUCUAGCACCUAAACAGCACCUCAAGGUGGAAAAUCCAUGGAGUAUAGUUACUGUUGAUCUAAUGGGUCCAUUUCAUAUAAGCAACAGACGUCAUGUAUAUACUAUAAUCAUGACAGAUUUGUUCACAAAAUGGGUUGUGAUUUUGCCUCUGUGUGAUGUUUCAGCAUCAGAAGUUUCUAAAGCUAUUAUCAAUAUAUUUUUCUUAUAUGGACCUCCUCAGAAAAUAAUAAUGGACCAAAGAGAUGAAUUCAUUCAUCAGAUCAAUGUUGAACUGUAUGGAAUGUUUGGAAUGAAGCAAAUUGUAAUUUCUCAUGCCUCUCAAGCUGUUAACCAGACUGAAGGUAUACCCAAAACAAUCAAAACAUUUCUUUCUAAACACUGUGCUGACUACCCACACAACUGGGAUGAUCACCUAUCAGCUGUUUCAUUUGCCUUCAAUGUAACUCACUUGGAGCCUACUAAAAAUAUGCCAUACUUUCAAAUGUUUAAUCGAAAUCCUUAUAUGCCUGAGACUUCAGAUGUUCUCCAUGAAGUGGAUGCUGAUGAUACAAGUAUGUUUGCCAAAAUUCUAAGUGCAAUUAAAGAAGCUGAUAAAAUAAUGGAGAACAAGACAACUUCAGUGAGCCAGAUGGAGAAUAACACUGUUGAUGAAACACAUAAAGACAAAAUCAUUGUUAAAAAGAAACCAAAGCAAUUAAAUCCAUUUCAUCUAAAAGUGGGUCAUGAAGUUUUAAGGCAAAGGAAAAACUGGUGGAAGGAUGGUCGUUUCCAGUCGGAAUGGGUUGGUCCUUGUGUCAUAGACUAUAUUACAGAAAGUGGAUGUGCUGUUCUGAGAGACAACACUGGGACUAGGCUUAAGAGACCUAUCAAAAUGUCUCACCUUAAGCCCUAUGUAAGAGAAUCCAGUGAACAAGACAGUCUUUAUCUCUUACAAAGUUCAGUAGUGGCAGAUCAUGACUACAUUGGACUGCCUGAAAUUACAGUUGGAGCAUACCAAGCCAGUAUACUGGUAGAAGACGCAACUAUUGGUGUAGCCGAUAAUGAACUGUUGACAUCAAGCAAGGAUGGUGAACUAUUAGAAUAUAGAAAUACUAAAAUCUCUCCGUUAAUAGAAGAUAAUAGUAAUCUUGAAAAGCAGACAUUCAGUUUGUUGGACUCCUCAAACCAAGUCCUUGAUUACUUAAGUUAG